GAAACAGUUAGCGGCUAGUAAACAACAGCUGCGCGCGCACCCGCAUCAGCUGGCGCGGGAUCCCGCACCUGCGACCUCCUCCUUCCUAGCCGGGGACCAACCUGCGUGGCCGUCUUCUCGGCUGAGACCCAAGGAAAGCCGGCGAGAGGCCACCCGCGCCGGGCCCGGGGGAAAAACGCGUCCUGUCACACGCGGCGCAAACACGGCGAGCGGUCGUGGGCUCCAGGGACUCGCGACGACCUGCCACGACCCGGAGCUGCUGUCGGAGCUGCCCUGAUCCGCUAGCCGCCGCCUGCAGCUCCUCUGCCAGGACGAGAUCUCCGGGAGGCAGGAAUCCACUCUGCCCCGGCAUCCUCUCGUCGCUGUCCUCUUUUUUUCUCUCCAUCCUGUAGUGUGGGGGUAUUUUUCCCGUUAUGCAUGUGCAUCUCUCCCACCAGACCCAAGUGGAUUGUCGACCUCAAAAACAUCGGGUGGCUCAGCACACACCUCCUCCCAGCCAGACCUGUGGGGUAUUCACCUGAUACACAACAGGUGGCCAGUGCACACCUUUUCGCAAUCUGAUCCACGCUAUAUAUUCGUCUGAUAAGGGUGGGCCUGCAUGCUCUUUCCUCAGAACCGUGGGACACUCAGCAGAGGAAGGACUAACUACCUCAUCAGGAUCUGGGGGUUGAGCAGAGGGAGGCAUCACCAGCUGCUGUGAGAUCAUGGCAUGGAGCCCUCAGCCCUGGACCAGGGGAGAUAGCCUAGGAUUCUGAAGGAACCAAGUCACGCAAGAUUAGCAUCGAUUUGUUCUCAUUUUGUUUUUCAAAAAUUAUUUUUCAGUUAACUGCUGGUGCACUUUAUAAAACAGUUGGCUGGAAUUCUAAGUAGAAGGAUUCUUAAUUGGGCCUUUGUGGGAUGUAAAUCAAGGUAAUUGAGGGUUUUUUUUUUUUAAGUAUUCUAUUUUUGCAAUCAAAAGUAGCUAGUGUAGGAGGAAGAGUUUUUGUGAGCGUUUCCUUUUUCAUUGUUAAAAAGGGGGGAAAAUGCAUCCUCCAGAAGUCACCACCAAGAUGUCUUCAGUUCGGUUCAUGGUGACACCAACAAAGAUUGAUGACAUUCCCGGUUUGUCAGACACCAGCCCAGACCUCAGCUCUCGAUCUAGUUCGCGAGUAAGAUUUAGCUCCCGAGAAAGUGUGCCAGAAACAAGCCGUAGUGAGCCUAUGAGUGAACUGUCUGGGGCCACUACUUCUCUGGCAACUGUUGCCCUAGAUCCUUCCAGUGACCGGACUUCUAACCCCCAGGAUGUUACCGAAGACCCGAGUCAGAACUCCAUCACAGGGGAGCACAGCCAGCUGUUAGAUGACGGACAUAAAAAAGCUCGAAAUGCUUAUCUCAACAAUUCCAACUAUGAAGAAGGAGAUGAGUAUUUUGAUAAAAAUCUGGCACUCUUUGAGGAAGAAAUGGACACCAGACCAAAGGUGUCUUCUCUCCUCAACCGCAUGGCCAACUAUACUAACCUGACACAGGGAGCAAAGGAGCAUGAAGAGGCGGAGAACAUCACUGAAGGGAAGAAGAAGCCUACCAAGAGCCCCCAAAUGGGUACUUUCAUGGGUGUCUACCUCCCAUGUCUACAAAAUAUUUUUGGAGUGAUCCUCUUUCUGCGUCUCACCUGGGUGGUGGGCACAGCUGGAGUCCUUCAGGCCUUUGCAAUUGUCCUCAUCUGCUGCUGCUGUACGAUGUUGACUGCCAUCUCCAUGAGUGCCAUUGCCACUAAUGGAGUGGUGCCAGCUGGGGGCUCAUACUUCAUGAUUUCCCGGGCCCUGGGCCCAGAGUUUGGUGGGGCUGUUGGCCUCUGCUUUUACCUUGGCACUACAUUUGCAGCCGCCAUGUAUAUUCUUGGUGCCAUUGAAAUUUUCCUGGUAUAUAUUGUCCCCCGAGCUGCCAUCUUUCGCAGUGAUGAUGCACUCAAGGAAUCAGCAGCCAUGCUAAAUAACAUGCGUGUCUAUGGCACGGCCUUCUUGGUCCUCAUGGUCUUGGUGGUAUUCAUCGGCGUACGCUAUGUGAAUAAGUUUGCCUCACUUUUCCUGGCCUGUGUAAUUGUGUCCAUUUUGGCUAUCUACGCUGGUGCCAUCAAGUCUUCCUUUGCUCCACCACACUUCCCGGUCUGCAUGCUGGGCAACCGCACUCUUUCAUCAAGACACCUUGACGUUUGCUCUAAGACCAAGGAUGUUAACAACAUGACAGUGCCAUCAAAGCUAUGGGGAUUCUUCUGUAACUCAAGUCAGUUUUUUAAUGCCACCUGUGACGAGUACUUUGUUCACAACAAUGUCACCUCCAUCCAAGGCAUUCCUGGGCUGGCUAGUGGUAUCAUUACUGAAAAUCUUUGGAGUAAUUAUUUACCAAAGGGGGAGAUCAUUGAAAAGCCAUCAGCCAAGUCAUCCGAUGUCUUGGGCAGCUUAAACCAUGAAUAUGUCCUUGCUGACAUCACCACCUCCUUCACUCUUCUGGUGGGGAUCUUCUUUCCUUCUGUUACAGGUAUCAUGGCUGGGUCAAACAGAUCCGGAGAUCUGAAAGAUGCUCAGAAGUCCAUUCCCAUUGGAACCGUCCUUGCCAUCCUGACCACAUCCUUCGUGUACUUAAGCAAUGUUGUCCUUUUUGGUGCAUGCAUUGAAGGAGUUGUUCUCAGAGACAAAUUUGGGGACGCUGUAAAAGGUAAUUUGGUUGUAGGCACCUUAUCUUGGCCAUCCCCAUGGGUGAUUGUUAUUGGCUCCUUCUUUUCAACAUGUGGGGCUGGACUUCAGAGCCUUACGGGUGCACCCAGGCUGCUUCAGGCUAUUGCCAAGGAUAACAUAAUACCAUUCCUUAGGGUUUUUGGUCACAGCAAAGCCAAUGGGGAACCUACCUGGGCCUUACUUCUAACUGCUGCCAUAGCGGAGCUAGGAAUUCUCAUUGCCUCCUUGGAUCUCGUGGCCCCAAUUCUUUCCAUGUUUUUUCUCAUGUGUUACCUCUUUGUGAAUUUGGCAUGUGCCUUGCAAACAUUACUCCGAACCCCAAACUGGAGGCCCCGAUUCCGCUACUAUCACUGGGCCCUCUCUUUCAUGGGAAUGAGUAUCUGUCUAGCUCUGAUGUUCAUUUCUUCCUGGUAUUAUGCCAUUGUAGCCAUGGUAAUAGCUGGCAUGAUCUACAAGUACAUUGAGUACCAAGGGGCUGAGAAAGAAUGGGGCGAUGGUAUCCGUGGGCUGUCCCUCAGUGCAGCUCGCUUUGCUUUGCUCCGCCUAGAGGAAGGACCUCCUCACACUAAAAACUGGAGGCCUCAGUUGCUCGUCCUGCUGAAGCUGGAUGAAGACUUACACGUCAAGCAUCCUCGCCUCCUCACCUUUGCCUCCCAGCUCAAGGCAGGAAAGGGGCUCACUAUUGUGGGCUCUGUCAUCGUGGGGAACUUCCUGGAGAACUAUGGUGAAGCUCUGGCUGCAGAGCAGACCAUUAAGCACCUAAUGGAUGCAGAAAAGGUAAAAGGAUUCUGCCAGCUGGUGGUGGCUGCCAAGCUGAAAGAGGGUAUUUCCCACCUCAUCCAGUCCUGUGGCCUUGGGGGCAUGAAGCACAACACCGUGGUGAUGGGCUGGCCCAAUGGUUGGCGUCAGAGUGAAGAUGCUCGAGCUUGGAAGACUUUCAUUGGCACAGUUCGAGUGACAACUGCUGCCCAUCUAGCCCUGCUGGUGGCUAAAAACGUCUCCUUCUUUCCCAGCAAUGUGGAGCAAUUUUCUGAGGGCAACAUUGAUGUGUGGUGGAUUGUUCAUGAUGGGGGCAUGCUCAUGCUGUUACCCUUUCUCCUGAAACAGCACAAGGUAUGGAGAAAAUGCAGCAUAAGGAUCUUCACAGUGGCCCAGCUCGAAGACAACAGUAUCCAGAUGAAGAAGGACCUGGCCACCUUCCUGUACCAUCUGCGCAUUGAGGCAGAAGUGGAAGUGGUGGAGAUGCAUGACAGUGACAUAUCUGCCUAUACGUACGAGCGCACCCUGAUGAUGGAGCAGAGGUCCCAGAUGCUGCGGCACAUGCGCCUCUCCAAGACAGAGCGCGACAGAGAGGCACAGCUGGUGAAAGAUCGAAACUCAAUGCUACGCUUAACUAGCAUCGGGUCUGAUGAGGAUGAAGAGACAGAAACGUACCAGGAGAAGGUACACAUGACUUGGACCAAGGAUAAAUACUUGGCAUCCCGGGGGCAGAAGGUCAAGUCAAUGGAAGGAUUCCAGGACCUACUUAAUAUGCGUCCGGACCACUCCAAUGUGAGACGGAUGCAUACAGCAGUGAAGCUUAAUGAAGUCAUAGUUAACAAGUCCCAUGAAGCAAAACUGGUCUUGUUGAAUAUGCCAGGACCACCCCGAAACCCUGAAGGUGAUGAAAACUACAUGGAAUUCCUAGAAGUACUCACCGAGGGAUUAGAGCGAGUCCUCCUUGUCCGGGGUGGUGGCAGUGAAGUAAUCACCAUUUACUCAUAAUCAGCUUGUGGAAGAUUCUGCUUGGUCUUACCUUCCCUAAAAGACUCAUCGUCCACAGAGAGGACAGCUCUUUCCUACCACUCCCACUCGAUUCUUGCGGAGCUGAGCCCCAACUAUGCUCUUGGCUGCAACACGAUCUGCCAUCCCAGCAGAAGUUCUCAAAUGGCUGGGCUAAUGGGAUUCCAGAGAGGACUAUUAAAAUGUGCAGAAACAGAGUCUGUGGUUAGCUCUGCAGCACAAAGCUCACAAGGUAUUAUCUGAGAAAUGUAGGUUGUUAUGCAGCUUAACCAGGAGGGUCUCUUCUUCCAUCCUUAGUAGGCACUGCUUUAAACAAACAAACAAAAAUUGUAAGAAAGAGACACUAGGACAGUGUACUGCCACCUCUUGAGGGCUCCCGGCUUUAGAGGGCUUCAGUAGUGGAACUGGGCAUGUGAGAGCCAUACCCUUCACACGGUGCCAAAAUCAUCUGUCUAAGUGGCAGACAGGUUUGCAUUGGCCUGACGUUAGCAGCUUUUCUUUCACAAGAAAUCAAUCUGUGGCCUCUUCACCAAAGCCAUAGUGAAGACUUGAGGUACUCGCCUCCAUGCCCAGAGCUGAGCUUUCCCCGUCAAUGUUAUUCUUCUGACUCCAGAAACUUGGCUCUGAACCGAGUGCUUCCCUGAGCCAAUGAUCUGCUGUCAAGUUUUGUUUUCAAAAAGCUUUAAAUGUGCCAAGGAAAUACUUGUGUAAGGUCAGCUUCUUUUUCUAAUUUAUUGGUCAUGAAAACCUAGCUUACCAGCAUAGGAAGUUUUUGUGGCUGAGCAGUAAUUCCAAGUAUGUGAAAAUUUCAUAUUCUUUACAAGAUAGUUAAGAAACUGUCUUCUUGCUUACAUACAUGGCUGCUUUUAAAUUCCCAUUUAUUUAUGGUAAAUUGUGCUGUGCUACAUACCCUGUAGGACAUGGAACACCUGGAAUUCAACCCCAGAGACAGAAGAAAACCCUCAAACAUGGUUUAAGAAGCUGAGUCAUAGGAUUUGUUCUUCAUCCCCCAGGCCCACUCAAGGUAGCAGAGAGGAUCCAGAAUCUUUUCCUGCUCCUCCCUGCAUCGGGUAGAAGAAACUGUUUACAGUUCCCUUUCCAACACUCCAUUGCAUAGUUGAGUUAGUCCCCUAGGCUCCAAGGUGUUAAACACCCAUUCUGUAAAAGCCAGCCUGCCCAGGAACUGCCUGACACAUCUACCCCUGACCAUGAUACCACCUUUUCCCAUAUUAAACAAAUAUGGGCAGAGAAUAAAGUUAACGUUAAGAAAGGCUGUUUGUGGUUAGAGCUAUGUAAGAAUCUUUUAAAGGGUAAGAGAAUUAGUAGCUAUUAAUAUAGCUAUUACUUCAGUCCCUAAAACAUAGAAAUCACUGUUACAUGGAAAAAUGGUUAUUAGGCCAGAUUUAUACUCAUCUCUGUCUAGAGCAUUUCAUGUCUAUGUGUUGCUUAUGUUGUCUGUCUGCGAAGUGUCUUUAUCUCUUUUAAUCACUGCAAAUAAAGCAAUACUGAAAACUUGAGAGAAAAUGCACCUUAGGGGAAGGGGCCAAAUGUUUCUAGAGGGAAGAGAAAGAUCUUCUCCUGCCUUCUUAUAAGACCCAGCUUUUGUGUCUUAUCUGUGAGUUUAGCAGGGCAGGCUGUAACAUUCACUCUCCCCCAACUGGCCCUCAGCCUUUCAUAGCUGUCUUAAAAGCUGGAGUUUGAACUGCAGGCCUGCUUGACAGGUGCCAGCUUCCUCAUGGCAGAGGAAAAGUCACUGCUCUUCAUCUUCUGUUGCCUCCUAUUCUUGUGGCCCCAAGGAUCCCUCCAAUCCUCAUUCCCCCUAAAUGUUAAAAAAAAACUUAUUGUGGAUAUUAAAAUAAGUUACACUGUAAGUAUAUUUACAUGCUCUUUUUUUUCUGGUUUAUUUUUCAUCAUGUAUAAUUUGAAUCCAGCAUUAGUUUCUCACAUCUUGCAGAAAAUGUCUGAUAUAGAAUUUUUGUCUCUGCUUAUGCGAUAUAGAAGUGAAAUAUUAACAGAUUUAAGGGGAACUUGAGAAACUUUUAAAGCAUUGUUCUCGACUGUUUAAUUUAUUGAAAGAAGAUGCUGCUACUCAGCAGCUGCUAUUCUUUUGUUUACAUAGAGUCUGGUUUUGUUUUGCUCUGUGCUGGGAACAUAAAUAAAGUUUUCUACAUUAUUUUCAGUCAGAA